AUGGCACUAUCCGAAGUAUCCCACGUCCUAUCGAGGCAGCUCACGUCAUCAUCCUCGUCACCCCCUCACCUAGGCCGCCUCCCCCACGGCUCCGUCCCCCUCCAUCUCCUCCACCUCCUCCUGCUCCUGGUUCUCCUGCUGGCCCCAGCAGUCCUGUCCAGCCCCGGCCGACCCAGCCCAGGCGACCCGCCCGCCAAGCGGGAGAUCAUCAUCAAGGGCGACCUGGUGAUUGGCGGCCUGUUCCCGGUGCACGAGAAGGGCGACGGCUCGGAGGACUGCGGCCAGAUCAACGAGGACCGCGGCAUCCAGCGGCUGGAGGCCAUGCUGCUGGCUCUGGACGAGAUCAACCAGGACGCACGCAUCCUGCCGGGCCUGACGCUGGGAGCACACAUCCUGGACACCUGCUCCAAGGACACCUAUGCGCUGGAGCAGUCGCUGGAGUUUGUGCGCGCCUCGCUCACCAAGGUGCACGAGACAGGCUUCAUCUGCCCCGAUGGCACCUCACCGCAGAAGGACGAUCUGCUGGCCAUACUCGGAGUCAUCGGAGGAUCCUACAGCGACGUCUCCAUACAGGUGGCCAACUUGCUUCGGCUGUUCCAGAUCCCGCAGAUCAGCUACGCCUCCACCAGCGCCAAGCUGAGCGACAAGUCUCGCUACGACUACUUUGCGCGCACCGUGCCGCCCGACUUCUACCAGGCCAAGGCCAUGGCGGAGAUCCUGCGCUACUUCAACUGGACCUACGUGUCCACGGUGGCGUCGGAGGGCGACUACGGGGAGACGGGCAUCGACGCCUUCCAGCAGGAGGCACGCGCCCUUCAGAUCUGCAUCGCCACCUCUGUCAAGGUCAGCCGCUCGAUGAGUCGCUUCAGCUACGAGAACGUCAUCCGCUCGCUCCAGCACAAGGGCAACGCCAAGGUCGUCAUCCUCUUCAUGCGCAGCGAGGACGCGCGCGAGCUGCUGGUGGCGGCGUCGCGCAUGAACGCCACCUUCGUGUGGGUGGCCAGCGACGGCUGGGGCGCGCAGGACAGCGUGGUCAAGGGCACCGAGGCCACGGCCGACGGGGCCUUCACCAUCGAGCUGGCCUCCUUCCCCAUACGCGAGUUCGGAGACUACUUCACCAAGCUCACGCCGCACGGCAACAAGCGCAACCCCUGGUUCCGGGAGUUCUGGGAGCACCGCUUUGGGUGCAAGCUGACGGAGCCGGGCUGCGCGCUGAGGAGCCUCCGGGACAAGAGCUUCCACCAGGAGUCCAAGAUCAUGUUUGUGGUGAACGCGGUGUACGCCAUGGCCCACGCGCUGCACAACAUGCACCAGGCCGUCUGUCCCAACACCACCGGCCUGUGCGACGCCAUGAAGCCGGGCAACGGCAAACGCUUCUACCGAGAGUUCAUCCUGAAGACCAAGUUUGACUCUCCCUUCCUGCCCUCCGAGACGGAGAACGUGGUGCGCUUCACGCCGACGGGCGACAGCCUGGGCCGUUACAACAUCUUCCACUACCACCAGGAGGAGGGCAAGUACGUCUACAAGAAGGUGGGCUACUGGGCGCAGGUCCUGACCCUCAACACCACCCUGGUGCCCUGGCCCAACGCCGCCGUGCCCACCUCCCAGUGCAGCGACCCCUGCCAGCCCAACGAGGCCAAGAGCAUGCAGCCGGGCGACGUCUGCUGCUGGAUCUGCAUCCCGUGCCAGGCGCACCAGUACCUGCUGGACGAGUUCACCUGCCAGGACUGCGGCUUCGGCGAGUGGCCCCUGGCCAACCUGACGGGCUGCUUCGAGCUGCCGGAGGAGUACAUCCACUGGUCAGACGGCUGGGCCAUCGGGCCGGUCACCAUCGCCUGCCUGGGCAUGCUGUGCACCGUGGCGGUGGCCGGGGUGUUUGUGCGCCACAACGACACCCCGGUGGUGAAGGCGUCCGGCCGCGAGCUGUCCUACAUCUUGCUGCUGGGCGUGUGGCUGUGCUACGGCAUGACCUUCAUCUACAUCGCCAAGCCCUCGGCGGCCGUGUGCGCGCUGCGGCGGCUCGGCCUGGGCACGUCGUUCGCCGUCUGCUACUCGGCGCUGCUCACCAAGACCAACCGCAUCGCGCGCAUCUUCGGCGGGGUGAAGGGCGCCGCGCGGCCGCGCUUCAUCAGCCCCGCCUCCCAGGUGGUCAUCUGCGCGGCGCUCAUCUCCUGCCAGCUGCUGGUGGCCGUGUGCUGGCUGUGGGUGGAGGCGCCGGGCGUGCGCAAGGAAGUGGCGCCCGAGCGGCGCGACGUGGUGACGCUCAAGUGCAACAGCCGGGACACCAGUGUCAUGGCUUCGCUGGCCUACAACUGCGUGCUCAUCAUCCUCUGCACCGUCUACGCCUUCAAGACGCGCAAGUGCCCCGAGAACUUCAACGAGGCCAAGUUCAUCGGCUUCACCAUGUACACCACCUGCAUCAUCUGGCUGGCCUUUCAGCCCAUCUUCUAUGUAACCGCCAGCGACUACAGGGUGCAGACCACCACCAUGUGUAUCUCGGUGUCCCUGAGCGGCUCAGUGGUGCUGGGCUGCCUGUUCGCGCCGAAGAUCCACAUCAUCCUCUUCCAGCCCCAGAAGAACGUGACCAGCCUGCGCUCCAAGGAGAACCGCUUCGCCACCAAGCUGAACACCGCCGGCUCCAACUACUCCCAAGGUUCGGCCUCCAACACCCCCAUGCCCACCGUCUGCAACGGGAGGGAAGUCGUGGACUCCACCACCUCCUCCCUGUGA